AACACUCACAACUCUCUCUCUCUCUCUUUCUCUCUGUAGUCUUUCUUUAACUACUUUCACUACCUUCAGUAUCUAUUAUCUGUAGUCUUUCUUUAACUACUUCUCCUCUUUGUGAUUGAGAAUCUGCGUCACGCUUCCCGGUACGCAUUGUUCGUUGCUUCACUCACAACUCUCUCUCUAUCUCUCUCUGUUGUAUUAAACUUGCUGUAUCCACCUUCUUGACCUCCCGACCUCCAGGUGUUCGACGAAAUAUGCCUGAACAAUGUCGUCGCUCAUCACGACCCCACACCACUUCCUUUUCCUGCCCGGACGCUUGAAUAGUAAUAAUUCCAAAACCGCUUCUUCACCCCUGACCACCCUCAUCGUGAACCCAAGAACCCAUCGUCCACGACACCAGGGAAUUUUCUUGGAUACUUUUUCUCUAGGGUUUCGGAAGAAUUUCAAGAACAAGAGAUAUUAUUACUACAAGGCCUGGGAAAGCGAGGGGGACUUGGUAUUGGAGAGUGAGAUUCUUGAGUUCAUGAAGAAAUCAGAGAAGCCUGGGGUGUUUCCGUCCAAGGAAGAGUUAGUUAAUGCUGGCAGGAUGGAUUUGGUAGAGGCAAUUGUCAAGGAAGGUGGUUGGCUUUCUAUGGGUUGGGAUUUGGGAAAUCAUCAAAAUGAAGAACAAGAGAAGGUUCAAGAAGUUAUUGAUAUAACUGCUAGAGUUUCUGAUGAUUCUUGUAGGGUCUCUCGCGUUUCAUCCGAUUCUUCUCACUCUCCGUCCUCUUCUGGGAGAUCAUUUGGAAUGAGAGAUGAGCAAGAAAGUGGGAUUGAGGGUAUACUGACUCGAUUGGAAAACCAGAGGAAUUUGUUGUUUGGUGGCAAUGGGUAUUCUAACCGUGCAUCGAGUAAAGAUGAUGGAGGUGAUUCACAUAUUGAAACAUCUAGAUAUGGGGACAGUGCUGACCUUGGAAGAAGCAGCAGACUCGCAUCAGGCAGUUGUGAUAAUGGCAUAGAUAUCAACAGAUCAGGUAGCAAGCUUAACCAUAGCAGAUCUGUGGCAGAUUUUGAUGGUUCAAUGAGCUCAGAAAAGCCAGAAUCGUGGCAAGCUUGGAGCAUUCAGAGGGCAGGCUUCUCGGACUCGGAAUUUGAAGCGGCAGAAAUCUCUUUCAUGGACAAUCAAAUUCCGGAGGAAAAGGUUGCUUCAGAUGAUGAAUUUAUUGCAACGACAGAGUGCUCUGCUGAAUCUUUGAACAAACCGAAUGAUAUUAGCAACAAUGAGAUACGAACUCGCGUUCACCACCUGGAGCUUGAGCUUACAUCUGCACUUUGUGUUUUGAGGACCAAGAGUGUGGAACAUGUUCCCAAAGAGGUUCAUGAAACCUCCAAUGACUUGCAUAAGAUUUCUGAUGCUUGGGAGUUCCAGGAAAAUGAGAUCAUGAAAGCCAAGGACAGAUUGCGGUCAAUACGUGCAAAGUUGGCGGUAUUAGAAGGGAAGAUGACACUUGCAAUCAUUGAUGCACAAAAGAAGAUAGAAGAGAAGCAGAAGAGGAUUGACGGUGGUCGUAGAGCUUUGCAACUUGUUCGUACUACCUGUGUUGUUUGGCCUAAUCCAGCCUCUGAAGUUCUGUUAGCAGGAUCUUUUGAUGGCUGGACCACUCAGAGGAAGAUGGAGAAAUCAAGUUCAGGUAUUUUUUCUGUGUGCCUGAAGCUGUAUCCAGGCAAAUAUGAGAUCAAGUUUAUAGUUGAUGGCGUAUGGAAGACCGAUCCACUGCGUCCUAUUGUACGCAACAACGGAUACGAGAAUAAUCUUCAUAUUGUCGCGUAACAGGGACAAGAUAAGUUUGCUACAGGGGCAUUGAGGGGGAUAAUUUUGAUGAUCCUAACGAGGCAGAGAAUGAUGAUAUGCUUCUGCUUCUUUUCUUUUUUUCUCCUUUUUCUAGGCUUUGAAAUGGAUGGGUAGCGGGUGGUGUUUUUCGUCGUGAUUCUUUUACCAUAGGAGAUGAUUGAUCAUAACCAACAUUCAUUUUACAUGUAACAUCCAAUUGUUGUCGUUGUAUUACGGUCUUGGUUUUCAUUUUUCCCCCUCUCCCCGAGGUAUACAUGGAGGUGAUUAGUGAGAGAUUCAAUCAAUUGAAAAUCUUUCAUUCCCGUGCCUUA